AUGUUUCCAGUGGUGCAAGUGCUGAUCGUCUACCUGGUCGUUGAAUGCCACGCUCUUGAACACCACCAGCCCAACCAAGCUGGUUACGUGGGUGCAGGAUACACAGGCUACACUGAUUCUGCAGCGGCGGCUUCUUACGGAGGAUACGACGCUUACGCUUCUCCGCCUCAGCCGUACACUUUUGGCUACAACAAUGUGGACGAGUACGGUAACCGGCAGUUCCACAGCGAGCAGGGUGACUCCAACAAUGCCAAGACCGGCUCUUACGGCUACAGAGACUCCAACGGCCUCUAUCGACGAGUGAACUACGUGGCCGACGCGUAUGGCUUUCGGGCUAGCGUGGACACCAACGAGCCAGGCACCGCACCUGGUGCCAGUGCAGACGCCGUCUUCAACGCUUCGCCAGUCGUCCCACCAGUCCCAUCAAGUGCUGUAGAGAGUCGGGCGCCUGCAGCUUACGGCACACAGGGGCCAGCACCGUACUUCCCUGGCGGCUACGGUGGUUACGGCGGAUACGGAUACAACUCAUACGUAGGCGCCGCUGGUGCCUAUGGCUACGCCCCCUACGGGCGUUACGGAGGCGUUGCCAGCGGUGCAGAGCUUGGUAGAUUCCCCAGAGGCGGCCAACCUCCCUAUGGUUACGCUGCCGCUGGCUAUGGUGCAGGUUACAGACCUGAUGUCAACGGUGCCCCUGUUGGAUACGGAAGCUGGCCUUCCGCUCAUCACGGAUUCCGUCGUCGUUAA